AUGCGUCAGCGAGAAGAUGCCUUCAGAAAAAGCAAGGAGCUCCUAUUCGCCGAGAUCUCCAAUUUCACCGGAUUGAAAUUGGAGGAUUUCAGCAGCAAGUGGCGUAGGAUGGACAGCGAUGAGAAAUUGGUUUUGGUUAGGGGUUUUGUGGCGGAGUGGAGCGCGCAUUUUCAUCCGUUGUCGGCGAGGUCUGUCAAGGAAUUGGUGGACGACUACGUUGCUGGAAUGAGUGAUUUUUCGGAUUCUGGUAAUUUGUUCUCUGGUUUGGGGAAAUUGUUUGGAUUUGGUAGUGAUGAUAUUGAUAGCUAG